UGCAGCUGCACAAACAGGGGGAAGGGAGUAGAGAUGAGCGGGGGUUACUGCUAACAGCCCGCUGCAGGAAUUUCUGUUUCACUUCAUCAGUUGACACUUGCAUAACGUGACUUGAGUCCCACUCCCACCUCUUCUUGUGACUGCCGUUUGUUUGUCUACCAUUACUUAUCUUACAAGUGCAAGAAGAUGGUUUGGAUGCAGCAGUGAAACUUCCCAGCUGAAAGUCAACUUGGUGCUCAGAAAAACUUCUGCAGUGGCAAGGACCGGCUUCAGUCCCGCCUUACAUGACUCUGAAAAGCAUAUGAAGAAAAUAGACAGGAUGGAGAGGGAAAUGAAAUUCCACUCACUGGCAUUGUCUUCCCAUCUUUGAGUCAUCUGAAAUCAACAACCCACACCAGCUAACCACCAUGGAUUUCUCGACCCCGCCUCUCUCCAACUACACCCCGGUCUGCUACUCCAUCAACAACCCUCCAUUCAAUUAUACGUCCCCAGUCGCCUCAAAAUACUUCUCAUCCGUCUUUACCGCUCUGGGUCUUACCUCCAAUCUCAUCGCCUUCAUUGCUCUCCUCAAGUCCUUUCGUCGGACGCAAAGCCGCUCACGCUCCUUCUUCCUGAUUUUCCUUGGUGGCCUGGUGGUCACUGACUUCAUGGGUCUUCUGGUCACAGGCUCCAUUGUGAUCUCCUUCCAUCUCACAGGUUUUGAUUGGCGCAAGUUAGAUCCAAACUGCCACUUCUGCAACUUCAUGGGAAUGUCUAUGGUCUUCUAUGGGCUUUGUCCACUGCUGCUUGGUGCCGCCAUGGCCGUGGAACGCUUCAUGGGCAUCAACUGUCCAUUUGCACGCUCCACCAGCAUGCCCAAGUGCCGGACAGUCUCCAUGGUGCUGAUGGUGUGGUUGAUCGCCGGCUGCAUAUCUCUGCUGCCCCUAACCGGCGUUGGAAGCUAUCACAUGCAGAUACCCGGCUCCUGGUGCUUCUUCAACAUCAGCGCUGAGGGAAACGACAUGGCCUUCUCCCUCCUCUUCUCCCUGGUCGGGCUGACGAGCAUCGCUGUGUCAUUUUUGCUGAACACAGUGAGCGUGGUGACCCUGAUCAAGGUGUGCUGUGGCCAGGACAGGACACAGCGCCGCCGAGAUCAUGAAGUGGAGAUGUUGAUUCAGCUCAUCCUCAUCAUGGUCAUCGCUUCUAUCUGCUGGUGCCCCCUACUGGUCUUUAUCGCACAAACUGUGCUAUCCAGAAGCCGGCUCCAAAUCAGAUACCUACUGCUAUGGAUACGCUUCGCAACCUGGAACCAGAUCCUGGACCCGUGGGUAUACAUCCUGUUUCGCAGGGCAGUACUUAAGAGAAUCUACCCCCGUUUCGACAUGCAUCGGGACUCCAUCAUGAGCUUGUACCCGUCUUUCAGAGACACAGUCCGCAGGUUCACUCGCUCCUCGCUCGGGAGUGCUCUGGGCUCGGAUGACUUGGGAGAGAUGGAGAAAUCAAAUGCCACAUCUACACAGAAGGAGCCAGCUCCUUCUUCGUGAUUGGUCAGAUGUGAGUUGUUGUUGCAGCAGGUGUCAUCAGGGGUUGUUUGAUGUGACUGACUGUGUUUUCAAGCUCUGGUGAGUUUUUCGUGUUAACUGUGACCAGGACAAGAUGCAGGAUUGCUGAUUGUCUGAUUGUUAUUUUAUUGCACUGAAGUGUUCAGCAGUAUUAGCAAUGACACUUUGAUUUAGAGGAAAGUACAAAGAGAGUGCAGGGGCUGAUUGAACACUUCAAACCUAUGAUCUAUUGAUAAAAUACACUCUCUUUAACCAUAUCUCUGUGGAAACAGAUUUGAGCUAUAUACAUGCACUGCUCUAUAGAUGGUCUACUACAUCAAGUGCUCUUAUGAUGUUUGAGUUUCAAAUAUCGUGUUUCAUUCCUGUUAUUGAGGCACUUUAUGGUCAUUUAAGCAAUUGUUUUAAUGUGAUACUUCAUUCUGGUUAAGCAUUAUGCCUUUUAAGCACAUGGACACUUAGGACUGCUUGGAUGCUUUUGAGCCCCACUACUGUUCAUGUAUCUUUGCCUUUCUGAAGUUUUUUAUAUACAAUGAAUGUUCAUACAGUAAUUAUGUUGAUGAAGAUUCUUCAUACGGUAAUGUUCAAGCAGUUGAUCCCCAGAGCAUCAAACACUGAAAACUUGUUGAUCCUAAUCUUGUAGGGGUAAAAAUGCUUUGACUACAGUUAAACACAGCUCAGCCUGCCAGAGCCAUCCUAAACCAUUUAAAUUUCCCAAGUUUUUUCAGCACAAUGCAUGUGUUUAUUGCUCUGGUGAUGCAUGUGCAGCAAAUCAAACUUCCCAAACCUUGAAAGGAUCAUAGAAUCAGAGAAUUGUAGAAUUAGAAUCCCUCUGCGGGGUCCUCUGGUCGUGUGUUUGUCAAUAUGGGAGAUGUUGUGGUUUGUCAGGAAAGAAAGGUGAAAAAUGAUGAUUAUUGGAAAAGCAAAAAUGUAAAAGUAAGGGCUCAGAACCAGAAAAUGAGCUUCUAGUGUCAAUAGUAGUGUCAUUCUUUUCCACUGUCAACUUCAGAAAUGUGACCAGAAAAUGUAAUGCUGACGGUAUUUAUUUGAGAUGUAUUUCACUGCAUUAAAGGUCAAACUAUUUACAUUGCUUACUAUCCACAUUACCUGUCGACUAUUGAUGAUACAAAGGUGUAAUUUCUGUCAUACGAAGAUUAAAGUUGCCUACUAUCUCUGACAGUAUUAAAUAAAUAUAAUAUUGCACUAUUUGAUUAUUUGAUAAGUAAUGUUACUACUUUACUGAUUACUCUCUGUACCACUGGUGUGGUUGGGCGCUCUUAAUGUCAAACACUCCCAUCAGUUCACCCAAAUAUAUACUGGUGUUAGUAUAUGUAGUAUAUGUAUGUAUAUAUAUUUAUGCUAGUUCAUUUGUGCUGACAAACUCAACAGAUGUCUUUAAGUGAGGGAAAAUAAAAAGUAUGUGCAGAAGGUUAAAAGCAUGUGCAAGUGAGAGUAAGUAGGAAAAUAUAUACAAUGUCAUUUGAGUGAUCUGAAAAAGUCUGGGAUUUCCAUCUGGGAAAAGUACAUUUGUCUCAUUUUAUUGCUCAAAGUAAUACAUUAUUUUCAGGGCAAAAUUGGAAUAAGUUCAGCUAACCAGCUCAGACAGAUACAGAACUCCAGAAUGCGAUCAUGAUAUUAAAUCCCUCCCCUCUCCCUCUCCCUCUUGCCUUUCAUGGACCUCGGUUCGCUUCAUCAACCUUCUCUGUCUCUCUGAGAUGUUUCAGACUUUAAGUUGCUGUCAUACUGACAUUGUUCAUGAAAGGGAUUGGAUGGUGAUUUAAUCACUGGAUAGCUCAAGUUCAGUCUGAUAGAAUGGGUAAUGUGAAGACACACAUUAUAGCAACAUUGUAAUAGAGAUUCAUGCUACUGUAACAUACUUCAAUGAAAACUGAAACAUUUCUGUCUUUCUCUCAGUUACUCAGUCACCCAGCUGAUCCUGCACAUAGUUUGUUUUAAUUAUACGAUCACUAAUGUCAGUCAGACUGUCACUUAAUUACCAAAGAUAUUACUCAGCCGACUGCUGAUGAUGUCUGAGAUGUGUCUCGCUUUAACACCUUUGAAGCAUCAUUCCAGUGAUAAUGAAGUGUAAAUGUUGAAUGUGCUCGACAGAAAUGGCAUGUGAGUGUACAUCAAAAAUAAAGUAUUAUAUACAAAUAAA